AUGCUCUUCACUACCUCGACCCUCAGCCUCGUCUUGGCUUUGGCCCCGACCACGCUCUUCGCAGCUCCCACCCGCACAACCGAGCUCAUCGACUCAAUAGCCAACAUCUUCCCCCGCCAAAACAUACCCGCUGGAAUCCUCUCCCAACUCGCACAAACAAACUCCCUCUGUGAUCUCUCCAACAUCGUUCUCCCAAUCGCCCCCACCCCCCUCGCCCCCAUCACCCCCGGCCUCACACUCCGCCACAUCGCCAUCGGCCGGGGCACACAAAACUACACCUGCACCUCCUCCUCCGCCCUCGACACCCCCAAACCCACCGGCGCAAUCGCCACCCUCUUCAACGCCACCUGCGACGCCGCCCGCCUCCCCACCAACGUCCUCGCCGACAUCACCAAACUCGCACUCAACUACGCCAUCCCCUCCGCCACCGGCGCCCAGCAACGCGUGAGCGGCCACCACGAAUUCACCGCCGCUGGCGUCCCGCUGUUCAACCUCGUCACGCCCAACGCGGAUCUCGGGUACGUGCUUGCGAAGCCGGAUGCGGUCAAGAGUAGUGCGCCUGUGGGUGCGGCGGCGGGUGCCAAUGGUCUUGGUAGUGUGGCGUGGUUGAAGUUGAGUGCCGUUGAGGGGGAUUACAAGGAAGUCUACCGAGUGCAUACGGCCGGGGGUGUGGCGCCCAAGAAUUGCGAUGGUGUGGAUGGUGGGUUUACGGUUGAGUAUAGUGCGCAGUAUUGGUUUUAUGCCUAG